GGAGCUUAGGAAAAUCGAAUUUGGAAUUACUCAAAUUGAAAAUCAUGUCUUUUAUUGGCUCAAAGCUGGCCUAAGAAAGGUGAGCGAACACACUGAUGUAAGAAGAGUAUUCAAAUAUUUGCUCAACCACAAUCUGUUGACUGAAAAUCUUAACACAUCAUAUAGACGGUGGACUGAAAACAGACACAGAAGAAGAGAAAUGGCAAAUAUCACAUUCGCCAAUGCAUCACUGGAAGACCAGGGCUACGGGCCCUACAUCACCACGCUAUACAUGUCAGCUUUCCUUCUUUCAAUCUUCUCCCCCAUUACAGUUGUUAGCAAUACUCUCCUCUUGGUGGCAAUAUACAAAGAUCCUUUUAAAUCCUUUCGGAAACCAGUCACCUACUUUAUAAUAAGUUUGGCGCUUGUUGACCUGGUAACAGGUCUGAUUGUUGAACCCUUCUUUGCAGUUUACUACUUCGCUUGCCAUUUCUACCAGACUUUCCGUCCUGGAAAAUACUUUGAAUACCUGUUCAAGAUAAGCACAUUUCUUUCCAUAAUCGUGCUGAGCUCUUCGUUCUUUCUGGUCCUCGCUUUAACUACAACCCAGUAUAUUGCAAUUACCUUCCCGCACAGAUACAAGAUACUAUUCACCAAGAAGCGGGUUCUCGUUGCCGUGUGCUGUCAUUUUGUGUACUUCGCCAUCUUCAGCUCCUUGCAGUAUACAAAAAUACCAGCAGAUGUCUAUUUAAGGAUAAAUCUUCACCUCCAUCCAACUGUCGUAGGCGUCUUACUGACUGUGGCGCACAUUUUCCUGUAUAAAUCUUUCCGAAGGUUUUCUCAAAGGUCUAAGGCGAUCCGAAAACGAAGCUCCGUGAGCCGAUCCCUGAAUCAGCGUUCGGAAGGGGCACAUGGCAGUAAGAACGAAACAAAACAUCAGAAGCAACUAACUGUUGUGGCGCUUAUGUUAUCCGCCCUUCUAAUUUUAUGUUCCUUUCCACAUAUUGUCGCAUUUUACAUUUUCCUCUAUACCAAGCCAAUGUCGUUCGACUUUCUGCUCAAGAUCAGCAUUGCACUUCGUGUGAGCGACGUUAUAUUGUUCUUUAAGGUUGCCCUUGAUGCUUAUAUCUAUGCAUGGAGACAUCCCAAAUAUAGGAAAGCAUUGAAGGACGCAUUACUGUGUUUCAGACUCCGAAAAUCUGUCGUAAGAGACAGAGACACAGAGCAAGAAAUGAUUGCUACUGGAUAUUGAAUUCAGUGUAUGAAAGCAUAUUCACACUGAUGUUUGCCCCGGUGUGCUGCUCAGGAAAGGUCCGAGACAGUUCUUCCAAGGAUGAAGCGAAACGGUUUUCCAGCCGACCCCAAUAGCACGUUUAUAUGUCGGAAACUAUUUUUCAUACCAACGUUCUGUGAAAUGGAAUUUAUAUAUCAAUUAUAGAACAAUUCGGAUGCUCAUGAUUCUGACCUUGUUACAUUAUUUUAGAGGCAAUACCCUUGGAAAUACAAAGGGAAUAGAGUGGGAGACUCGGUAUUAC